UGUCCGUUAUAAUGUCACGCGAUCCUUCCUAACUUUUAUUCGCUCAUUGCUUAGUCCGGAGCAGUGAGGAUCUCUUUGUUUAAGUUUAAAAAAUUAUGUCCUAUUAGUUUUAUCCAAUGCAAGUAGAUGACGACUCAGAGUCGACGUGCGAACAUGACCAUGAAGUCCAAACGAAACUCUCCUCCUUAAUGACUUCUAAAAUAAUGGAAACGCGCUACUACGAGGGUUGCGGGAGAGAAGGGCCCAUCCGUUGCAUAUUCCUGGGCGAAUUCCACCCAGUUGCCGGUCCGAAGAUAUCAUGCCAGUUUCCAGAAGAUUAUGUAUCCAAAGAGCUGUUUGACGCCAUCAGUGCAUACAUAAUCCCUAAACCACAGAUACAGAAAUGCACUAUGACUAUAAAUGCGCUAGGCCACAAGAUAAUCGGCUAUCCAAUUAGGAUAGACAACUCUCGGUAUGAGCGCAACAUAUAUCUGUUCAAUCUGUGUUUCGUGUGCGACAGCUGGUCCAAGACUGUGCAAUAUGAACCUGUGGUCAAGAAGCUUGGGGAACAUUUGACAAUAAUGGAAGAAGAGACAGGUUUCGUGUCAAGUGGGUCGACGAAGCUACCUACCCUGUUAGCGCAUCUCCUGCACGAUCUCAACACUUUCCGGAAAGCAACACUGGUUGAGGGUGACACAGUGAUGCACCUGAAGGUGUUAGAGGUACGCAAGGACCCAAUCCCGGUGCACGAUUUCGACGUGCCGGUGCUGGUGGCGUCGGUGGGUUUGCCGCGACCGGGCCGCCCGCCACGUGUCGAGCCGCCCGAGGGCGAAGACGCGCAGAGCCAAGAGCACCUGGACGUGGAAGAUGACGAGCCCUUCGAGGUGGACAUGGAAGCCGACUGGGACCUCACCACCAGGCAGCUGCUGCCUUACAUAAAUGGUUACAACCACAUCUCGAAGAUCGCAUCCGACACCAAUGUUGAAAAAACUCUCGUCAAGUCCUGCAUACAAAAUUUAGUGUAUUAUAAAGUGGUAACGUUAAUCCCAGUUCUAAAGUUCAACAACAUGUACCGCGCGACGCCCAAACUCAGUAGGCUGUUCGGCGACCACGAGUUGCAGAAGUCCUGUCUCUCCUUCAUCAGCAACGACUGCGACAAUAAGGAUAAGCCGAACAUCGCGUGCGUGGCGGGCGUGUUGUGUGCACUGCAGCAGGGCUCAACCCUGCGCGCGGUGUGCGAGCGCCACGCGGCGGCGGGCACGCUAUUCGAUGUGCGGCGCCUCGUCGUAUUCGCGCAGAUUCACGGCCUCGUCAAGUGCCUGCGAAGGUUUCCAGUUUACCUCCGCCACCCGAGCCGCCCGAACGGGUUCAAUAGCCGUGUCGACGGGCUGUCAGCCGCGACGCGCAGCCCGGCGCCGGCGGCCGUCGGCGGCAUCCGGCGGCUGUUCACCGGCCGGCACAGCACCGACGAGAUCUGCUGCCUGGCGCGCAUCGACAUGCCCACGCUCGACCAGAUCAUAGAAGAGGACCCCAACGUCGCCGUCAUAUGGAGAUAAGCUUCGCAAUACCGCACCACAUUACACAACACUACACCUAUCUACACAUGGAGACACUAAGCGAAAUACACUAGCGACUAAGGCAAACGAUUGAGAGAAAAAUUGCCUAAAUGCCUAUCUUGUACAUUAUAUAAAUCGCCGGGUGAAAAGUAGAUGAACGCAUCUAGGAAUUUCGAGGAAACUGUAUAAGCGUACAAAUUAGGGGUAGAAAUUUCCUCUGUUACAAUGUUUAUAAAACUAGGUACAAGUCGCGCUAUUAAAGCAUACAUUUAUAAAUGAUGGUCGAUAGCGUGCUGUCUCAUUCGCACACUCGAAUAUGCGAAGCAAGACAUCGGCCGCCAUUUAUAAAUCUAUUCUUUAUUGAUAUGACUUAUAUCACGUGUAAACUGUACGUCUGUUUCUCGUGUCCUAUGGUGAAAUAUUCGUCUAGUUUUUAAUCGGCGUUAGGCAAUAACAAAUAUCCAUGAAAAUGAAACGUUUCUGUGGAACCAACAUACAUGUUGGUUGGUAAAUGAGGUACAGUGGAGUAUCGCACUUUUCACGACACCAAACCUUGCUUUUUUGAUUUAAAAAAAAGUUAAGGUAUUUUGGAACAUGUGUGCUACAUACUGCUGUAUUUUUAUGCUGUGAUUUGUAUGUGAUUCUUUUUACCUUGGAUAUUGUCGCGAGGUGGCUCGUGACAAUAUCGCGUGUAAAAACAAGUGCCGCUUGUAUGCGAUUAAUUAAAGCAAUAUAUGUCUGAUGUGAUAUUCUUAGCGAUUUUACACGCGAUUAUAGAAGGUUCAAAGCUUGGCCGCAUAAACGGCAGAUUGUAUGCGACCAAAAAAAAAAAACGGAUACUAUAACCUCGCACCCACUUGCUAACUUCAGCCCGGCUAAAAAACUGUGCCGCUUUAUUAAAGCUGCGACUGAAUAUUAUAACGCAACUAAAGCUAUAAUAUGACGCUUUUACAGCUUGUAUUGGAACAAUCUGACUGUUUUACAACUUUUAUAGCGCACGCAUCGCUUAUUGAGUAAGCUUACGAUUAUGGUUUUUUUUUUAAUGAUAAUUGGCGGACCUAGACGGUGGUACAGGGAAAACCAUCGCCUAAAACGUGUCCUGAAAAUCGCCGCCAGAUGUCCGUCAACCUGAAGCGUAUGUGCAUAGCCUCAUUCGCCUGGAAUGACACAGGCAACCACGCCCUUCAGACCGGAACAGUAAUGCUGAUUAGAAAAACGCACGGCGUAGCAGUGGCGUGCACUUCGUACACGCAAAAAAGCACUGCCUACCCAGAAUAGUAGGAGGAUUUAUUGCAUGUGUUGCAAUCUUUCCACUGUAUGCAUACCCUAGUAAGAAACCCAUUGCACGCCACUGGGCGGUAGGUAAUACUUCCCUGGACUAGCUCUGUUAAGUUGUAUUUGAAGUUUAAAAUGCGCCAUUACAUUAUUUAAACUUUUUCUCAAUAUAUUAUAUAUAAAAAUCUAUUCAUCAUUAAGUUAGAAAUGUUUGGGGAUCUUUAUUCAAAUGCAUAAAAAUCAUCCCGGUUAAAACAUUCUAAUUUAAUACAAUACCCUCACAGCAGAUUUGUUACAUUUAAAAGCUAAACAGAAAUAGCAGCGUUAUAGUAGCUGAGCUGAUAAGUACAGCCUCGAAUGGGUGCGAGGAUAUAGCUAUAAGAAGGAGAGAGAGAGGGAGAGAGAGAGAGAGAGAAAUAUAGAUAGUUAACAAGUCUAUCUAUAUUCAAUAGAGUCGAAGCGUUCCGCUGUGAGAAUCCUAAACUUUAACUCCCUACAUAAAAGGUGGCGUAACGUCGGAUUAGUUACGUAGUAUUUUUCCACGCUGCAAUAUUUGAAAUCACUGAGUAACUAUACCGGCGUUAUGCCCCGUAAGGCCCCAGAUAAAAGUGGAACAACGUUGGAAUCAUUAUAUAGUCUUUUCAUGCUCUGAUAUAUAAAAAAUGAUGUCAGUUGGUGUGUGAAAAAAACUCCUUAUCUAUUCCAGCGUUAUGCCACGUUUAUAUGUUAAGCCCUAGCAUAUACGAGUAGGUUAAGUGCCAAUUGCUUUAACUAAAAUAUAUAUCACUGCCUCUGCGUUUAUAGUAUACCUACCUCUUCGAUUCGUAAAGAUGAAGCGUGUUUAUCUAAUUUUUCGCACAAUGGUAAUGCGGGCAUGAGAAUAACUGCUGUGAGUUUUAGUGAGAUCAGCUUUGUAAAUUUAGUGUACCUACUACGUGAAAUUUUUACUCAGUACAGGUCGCGUCACGUAAAUAGAACGCUGGUAUGAACAGUGAACAAUUUAUGCACGUACAAAUGAGUGAGAUUAUAUUGGUCAAUGAAUAUUUAUUUAGUGUGAUAAAUAUAAAUAUUAGACAAGAAUAUAAAAUGAAAGUUAAGAAACAAAUCUCCGUAGCAAAUUAAAUGGUCAGGUCUUGGGAAUAGAUAUAGGGAAUUUAACUAUCAUCAAUAACCUAUAACAUUCAUUCCCAUUGCAUUGCCUUAGUUACCUCGUACAACACUAAGGAAGAGAAGGGUUGGUGACAACUGUAUUCUGAUCUGCCAUCACCACAUGGACUCAGUGAAUCCGUAGCGAAAUCCUUUUCAACAGUACACUUUAUAAAAAGGUGCUACUUUUAGACUUUUAUUACGUUUCGCUGAGACAUUCGUGCACCGCUGAUUUGUCCCAGCAUAGACCGCAUAUUCGCCUCAAAAAAAGGCUCGGGAGUCACUCAUCGGGCGAUCGAGAGAGCUAUGCUGGGAAAUCCGAACAAGAACUAGAGCUACCGACAUAGCUCAACGAGCCGCGAAGCUGAAGUGGCAAUGAGUCGACCACAUAUUUCGGAGAACUGAUGAACGUUGUAGGUGCUGAAUUGGUGAUAAAUAAGGUUGACAGACGAUAGCGAGUCACUGGGAGCCGCUGGAAUCCGGCGGCCCAGGCCCUUGGAUUUUUGAACUCUACAAAAAACAGUCCUGCAGUGGACGUCAGUCAGUUGUAGUGAUGAAGGAACGAUCUCUGGACUCAUUUCGUCCAUGUAAAAUGAAGGCGAGAGCAUAUUUAAUUAUUUAUAUCUCUGUACAGUAUUCUUCUACAAUGUGUUAACGGCGCUCUUAUUACGUGACGCGACUUAUACAAUGGGAUAUUUGUUAGAAAAUAAUGACGUGCCUUAUGUAGUGUCGUGAAAUAAUCGUGAAAUGAACGCGCGAACACUAGCGUUUGUUCGCGUAUGCUCGGUUCAAUGACCUGGCAGGAUAGUGGAGCUUUAUUUUUAUAGGAAAUUUUUAAAUGGCUGUGCUUAAGGCGCAAUUAGACGGUGCAUGUUCAUGAGACGACUAUGAACGAUGAUCAUAACGUAAUUGGCAAUUAAUUAAUUAGUUCAAAUGUUAGGACGCCUAUGUACCAUACAUAGGUGUUGAGUCGGUAUUUGAAAUUGAAAUCGUCUAAUUUCGCACUUACUAGCGCAGCGUGUGGAAAGGUUAGCUAAUAAAAUGUUUCUAACAGAUGAUAGAAGUAGAAAAGCCUUACUAAGCUAUUUACAUUUAACCCGCCUCUAAACGUUGGCUCCAACGCUGGACUCAGCGCCCAAUAUUUGGAUCGGCAAACCGAACCAACGUUGGAAGUGUACCAAUACUCGCGAAGCAUCCGCACAUUGGUCAGAAUAUGGCGCUCUGACGUCCGCGGACGAACGUAAACAUUUUAAUUUUUUUACUAUAACUUUUAAUACAGUGUUUUAUUUACACUUGGUGAAAUAUCAAAUUAAAAACUCUAUGAUGCAUUUUAAUAUUUAGGAACGGACAGGAUGCUACGGCUACUUUGGGCAAUUUGGGCGGUAUUGGCUGUAUGGGAGCCGUAGUGCAAUGGCGAAGUGCUCAGUCCGCGAUUGUCUAAGAAUCGAAGGUUCAAAUCCUGUCGGUCCCGUUAUGAUUGCAUUUAAUAAAAUUAUAAAUUUUAUAGAACUUUUUCAAUCACAUAGUGUUAUUUAAAUUUUCUUUUAAGACGAAAUUUUGAUAGGCACUGCCUAUUAUAAGAGCACUUACAGAUUUUUUUUUAAUCAGACAUAACAUUGACACAACGUUAUCGCCAGUGUGGAUGCCGACCAAAAUUGCAUAUCAAAUUUACCAUCGAUGGCACCAACGUGUAAAGUCGGGUUAAUAUAUUUGUGUGUCCCAGCGCUCAGAACAAUGAUCGUAGUUAUUUAGAUUGUAAAUAUAAUAUAUUUAUAUUAUUAUAGUCUAACUUUUUUAUAUCUUAUAGUAUUUACUUAACUAUUUUUGUCUACAAGCAAAUGUGUAUUAAUUCAUAAUAUAAAUUUAAUAUAUUUAAACGUGCAAUUCUUGUGUAUUUUUAUAAAUAUAUAAAGUAUGUCUCUUAAGAGACUCGUUACGAUAUAGGUGAAGUUUUGUAUCUAGCUAAGGUUUUGCUUCUACUAAAUAGAUCUUCCUGAGAAUAUUUCUUGAAAAACAGCGACUUUACGCAAAAUAAGAAUAGCUAGUAUAGAAGAUUUAUUGAGAUAAAGUGGUCAUAGUUUUGUAUAAAGGCCUCAACCCACUCCAACCUACUUUUAAAUUAUUCACAUAUGAGUAUUUUUUUGUACAAAAAAUAAAUAAUAAUAACUGUCAUAAAGAAAUAUUUAUCCUAGUUUAUUCUUGGAUCAAAGUACUUCCAUAUUGGACAAUAAUUAAACUACUAAACUGUAUCCAAUGAAACAUGUUUAUUUAAAACAUAAACUAUCCAUUAUAGCAAUAAUAUUAAUAAUAUUCAUUGUACAAAAAUUAUAUAUUAAUUUUGUAAAGGCUUUAAUUUCUGAAAAAAUGUCUUGACAAGCCACUGACCUCUGAUUACCACUGGACUGGUUGCUUUUACUUGGUUUACCCGCCAUUCAGUCUUUUUCUAUAUUUUGGUGAUGUUUUCUUUCUUCUUUGUGACAUUACCAAAAAUCAUUUUUUCUAAUACUACAAAUUUUGAUACUUAAAUUAAUAAUAGAGAAAAGCCACCGUAUAUUCAACAACUUCUUGUUGUAUGAUAAAACUACUUGUUUUCAGCACUUACGUAGCCCGGUUUUACGUUUCUAUACGAACUAAAUUUGUGUGACGCCAUUAUAACUGGUACACUGUUAUAUUCUAGUUCCUUGGCGUAGCAGUGUCUAUCCAUCUAACGAUCACUAAAUUAAUAGUUCCAGAGACAUUCGUAUGUCGCUUUGUAUAUGACCGGCCAGUCCAGUGCUAAAAAAAGAGAUCAGUGUGACAAGUAGACGUGUACAAAGAGUAUCUUACGCUUUUCACUACGUCCAUUGUUCUGAGAGAGGCGCAAGUGCAACUGGCUGUAAUAGUGAUAGUCUUUCAUGUUGACAGUAUUAUUGUAAGUUAGGGUCGCAUAUCGAAUUAGUUGUAAGUCUCAAGGUUUAAAUGUUCCCGCAGACAACAAACUGAAUGCCACGUGUGAGUUUUUCUGCCUACGUUUACUUAUGCGAUCCCGUGAAAGUU